GUUAUUACGUUCAAUAACUCCCACAUUCUUCUUUAAUACUUGUUCAACUCGUUCUUUAUUGAUCCUUCGUAACAUGUCUAGUAUUCCAUCCACUAUGAAAAGUGUCUUUUUCAAAGAACACGGAGGUGUUGAAAAAUUAAUUUAUGAUGAUGUUCCUGUACCUAAAAUCAGUGAAGACUCGAUACUUGUAAAGAACCACUUUGCUGGUGUCAAUUUCAUCGACACUUAUCAAAGAUCCGGACUUUACCAAGUUCCUUUACCCCACAUACUUGGAAAAGAAGGUGCUGGAGAAGUAGUUCAAGUAGGAAGUGGUGUGAAAGAGUACAAAGUAGGUGACCGUGUUGUGUACCUUGGCGGUUCUACAUAUGCAGAAUACACCAAUGUCUCUACUGCCUUGGCUCAAAAACUCACUGACGACGUGACUUUUGAAGAAGCAGCAGCUGUUAGUCUUCAAGGAUUGACUGCUUGGACCUUGGUACGUGCAGCAUAUCAAGUACAGAAGGGUGACAUUGUCCUUGUUCACGCUGCAGCAGGGGGUGUUGGCCUUUUGUUGUGUCAGAUGCUUCGUCACUUAGGUGCGACUGUGAUUGGUACAGUAAGUACAGAAGAGAAGGCAAAGCUUGCCCGUGCGAAUGGAGCAAAUCAUAUUGUUAUCUACACCAAAGAAGAUGUUGUAGAGCGUGUGAAUGCUCUUACAGAUGGUCAAGGAUGUCAUGCUGUGUUUGAUAGUGUAGGAAAGGAUACAUGGGAAGCCUCAUUGGCAGUUACGCGUCGUUUGGGUUCAUUGAUCUCUUUUGGUAAUGCAUCUGGACCAGUUCCUCCUAUUUCGGUUCUUUGCUUAACACCAAAGAAUUUAAGAUUGAUGCGACCUCAACUAUUCCCAUUUCUUGCAACCAAGGAAGAAGCCAACAGAUGGUGGGGCGAAUUGAUGGAUUUGUUAAGCAAGAAGAUCAUAAAAGUACAUGUCCAUAAGCAUUACGAUCUUAAAGAUGCUCAUCAAGCACAUACUGAUAUCCAAAGUCGAAAGACAACAGGAAAACUUUUGUUAAAGAUUUAAAAGCUUUGUAUAUCUAGCGUACGUUUAUACAAUCGAUCAAUAAAGAUAAGAGGUCUGUAU